CUGCUAUAUAAACAGAAAACACCCGCUAAAAAUUGCAGCUUACUGCGUAGCCAGUCGCCAUUGAAGAAGGGUUUUGGAGCUUUGGUAGCAGAAUACGUAACACAAAAGAAAAUACACAACAGAAGAGAAGACGAGGCAAGCGAAAUGGAGAUAGAUUUAGGGAAAAUUCCCUUUGGCAUGGAUUUCCAUCCUCAGGAUCAUAUGGUGGCUGCUGCUCUCAUCACUGGCCAUCUUCACCUAUAUCGGUAUACUGCUGAUUUCUCGUCACAAAAGAGGUUAUUGGAGGUGCAAGCGCAUGAUGACUCCUGUAGAGCCGUUCGGUUCAUAAACGGUGGACAGGCAAUUUUGACUGCUUCAAGUGAUCGCUCAAUUCUAGCAACGGAUGUAGAAACUGGAUCGCCGAUUGCUCGUGUUGAAAACGCUCAUGAGGAUGCCAUUUUUAGUUUGAUCAACCUCAAUGAGUCAACCAUUGCAACUGGGGAUGAUCAAGGAUGUAUUAAGGUGUGGGAUACCAGGCAACGGUCUUGUUGUAAUUCUUUUAAUGCCCAUGAAGACUAUGUUUCAGAUAUGACUUUUGCCUCUGAUUCCAUGAAACUCCUAGGGACGAGUGGUGAUGGGACUCUUUCAGUUUGCAACCUUCGAAGCAAUAAGGUCCAAACACGGUCUGAGUUUUCUGAAGAAGAGUUGCUGUCUGUUGUGAUUAUGAAGAAUGGUCGGAAGGUUAUUUGUGGAUCACAAAAUGGAACACUAUUAUUGUAUUCAUGGGGGUUUUUCAAGGAUUGCAGUGAUCGCUUUGUUGGUCUCUCGCCAAACUCUGUUGAUGCUUUGUUGAAGCUUGAUGAAGAUAGGGUCGUUACUGGAUCUGAGAAUGGACUCAUCAGUCUGGUAGGCAUAUUACCCAACAGAAUCAUCCAACCACUUGCGGAGCAUUCAGAGUAUCCCAUUGAGCGCCUUGCUUUUUCUCACGACAGAAAAUUUCUCGGCAGCAUAUCACAUGAUCAAAUGUUGAAGCUUUGGGAUUUGGAUGAUUUACUGCAAAAUUCUGGAGAUACUCAAAAGGAUCAAGAUGAUGUGACUGACAGUGAUAGUGAUGAGAUGGAUGUUGAUAUUAAUCCUCCAAGUUCUAAAAAAGGGAGCAAGAAGAAAAAAGGGCAAUCCAACAGCAGUGCGAGUAAUUUUUUUGCGGAGCUGUAGAUGGUUGAUUACGUAUUUGCUGUUCUAUAAUUUGUUUCUAUUGGAGGCUUGAAAGAAUUAACAUGGUUUGGCUGAGAGAAGAGCCAAGGAAGGCUACUUUGAUCGCAUGGCAAAUGCUGUAGAUGUCUUUUUUUUUUACUUUUAUAAUCGAUUAGUACAAUUUUCUCAAUUCAAUAAUAAAUAAUUAAAAGAUUCAUUAGUUUCA